AAAAACUAUCAAAUGUUCGUUUAACAAAUAAGCAGAAAAGAGCUAUAAUUGAAGAUGAAGCUAUUGAUAGAGAACAAACUGCAAUUAAAAAACUUAAAAAGAUUUUAAAACUUUUAGACUAA